GAUUAAAGAGACAUCUUGAGGCGUGCGCUGACCGCAGAUCAGUACAAACACCGGCAAAUAGUUUAAGUUUUAAGGACCUACGUCUUUAAACUGACCCGAGAGCGCAGAAGUGGGUCUCAAAGUGUUAUGUUUCAAAACACCCAUUUCUAGGACAUCGUGCCUCUGACUGAAAACAUCGCUUUAUAAAGGCGACGGGAACCCCAAACGUGCUUUUUGACCACAUUAAAAGAAGAAAUCAAACAUUUUAAAUGUUACUUAAACGACGUUGUUUUAUAUUACGGCGAUAUCCAUGAGGGAUGUUUUCUUUUGGGUGUGUAUGUUGAUUAUUAACGUUGUGUUUGGUGCUGAUGCAGAAGAAGUGAAGUCAGUGUCAGUGAUGGAGGGAGAUUCUGUCACUCUUUACACGGAUGUUACUCACAUACAGAGAUAUGAUAAGAUCGAGUGGAUAGAUGAAUCUCAAAGUGCUCUUAUGGCUCAAAUCAAUACACGGGCCAAAUCUAGCUCUAUGUGUGAUGGUUAUGACGAGAGAUUCAGAGUCAAACUAAAGCUGGAAAACCAGACCGGAUCUCUCACCAUCACAAACAUCAGCAUUGCACAAUCUGGGCUUUAUAAACUACACAUCAUCUGGAACAAUAAAACUUCAUACAUGAGGUUCAAUGUUACUGUCUAUGCUCGUCUGCCCGUUCCCGUCAUCACCGAUGACUUUCUAAACUGUUCAUCAUCAGAACGAUCUUCGAACUGUUCUUUUCUGUGUUCAGUGAUGAAUGUGACACAUGUGAGUCUCUCCUGGUACAAAGGAAAGAGUUUAUUGUCCAGCAUCAGUGUGUCUGAUCUCAUCAUCAGACUCUCUCUACCUCUGGAGGUGGAAUAUCAGGAUACAAACACAUACAGAUGUGUCGUCAACAAUCCCAUCACAAACCACACACAACAUCUCACCGACGUCUGUAAGUGUUCAGAACACCACAUUACAUUGAUAACUGCUGCGGUUGUGGUCACUGCUUUGUGUCUGCUGGGGAUCAUAGCAGGUGCCGUUCACCAUCGCAAAAAGGGUCAGAUCGCUCAUCUACAAUCACACCAUUCAGAAAGUACCGGGGAAACGAGCGGUCGAUGCUAGCCGGAGACCAAUAUUGGACAAUUUAGCUAUACACCUGCACUUUUAGUUGCAGCAGAAGUUUGCGGAGUAUUUAGGAGUCCAACCUUAAAAACUUGUGGUACCUGUUGAUUUCACCAGUGUUGUUCUUCUUAUUAUUAAUCCAUACUGUUGGUCUAUUGUGGCGCAUAAACCCUUUUGUAGAAAAGUUGUGAAAGUUAAUACACUGAAAACUGUAAUCGCUUAUGAUGGAGAAAAGUCACUAGAUUUAGCAACUUUUCAGAUGCCUUUAGCAUUUAUUUCCAUAAAAAGCACCUAACAACAAAUCUAGUGACUUUUCGACUUUUUGGACCAAUAAUAAUUAAAAAUAAGGCCAUAUGAUUUGUUUCAUAAAUCAUAGAUUGUUACCAAAAUGGAGAGUGUACCACAUACAGAAAGUAAUACCGUCAGAAAAGUGCAACUAGACACAUUUGUUGCAUGUUUUUAAAACAUUUUUAUAUAUGUUUUCAUAUUAAUUUAUUUUUGGGGGAGUCACUCUUUUGACUGGCUGUUGUUCGCAUUCUUCUUACGAAAUGUAUUGAAUCUGCUGUGGAAAAGCUCAGCUUUAAGCUUAAAUCUUUGUAAGAAAUCAUAAAACUUUUGUAUACUCUGCCGUAAAAAUAAAUCUUUAA